AAUAUGUAUCAUGACCCGUGUAACAGGGAGAAAUUUUGUUUAGUUGCCAGUAAAAAAAAAAAAAAAGAAUUAACUACAAUCGAUUACAAUUUCCUCUUCGUUUAUAACAUAGAUACUCGCGAGCGCGUAACUUCCAAAUUAAAUUGCAGUGAAAAUGAAAUAUUCUCAUUGCUCGAUCCUUAAUUUUCUAACAAAGUAUUGGCGAUUGCGGGUCCGAUAAAUGCGACGUUACACGAAGCGUAACGUAACAAAUAUGUUGAUAAAUUGCCAGCAAAAAGAGAAUCGUAUGCCAGCAGCAUGCUCGUUCGUUUUCAAACGUUUAAUGUUUCUGCCUCGUUAAAAUAAUUUUUCACAAGAGAUGUAGGACUUUUUAGGCAAUUUUCUAUCCUUUGCAAAUGCCAUUCUUUUCAUACUGUUAGUUGUAAUAGUAGCUUCAUACUGUUCGUACUACGUACAACAGGAAGAUUCGGUAAUUUUGGUUGCGCUAAUUUUCUGCCGGUUAGCGUGAUUACACGGAGCAGCCAGAGCGAGUACAAACAGCAUGUAAAUAUUUAUGUUAGAAUGCGUGUCGCUGACAAUGUUGAAAAUACUGAUUUAUGUAGCAUGUGUACACGCUGCGUCGAUAGCGAGCCUUCGAAUCACGUUCCAUUGAUGAAAAUUACAAUUUCAGUGGACGUGUAAUUUAAACAAAGCGUGUAUUCUAUUCACAGCUUCCUAAAUAUAAAAGUCAGCGCCUUGCUAUCUUCAAGCUAAAUUCGCGGUUUCACGAUUUAUAACGUAGAAAUCGUCGAACUGGGAUCUCCGGAUCUCCAAACGUUUCAAUGAAAUCUCCUGACCUGUGGAUAAUCAAAUGUGCAUGCUGUAUUCGUUUCUGUUAAUUUUAUCAGCCUACGAGUAUCAAUGGUCGAGGAGGGCCAAAAAAGGGGAACGUCAAGUUCUGAAAAAACGAAAAUCUAUUUUCACCGUGUAACAUCUUCGUAUUUCCUCGUGUAUGGAGAUAAAACCUCGCUUUAUCCUUCAUUUUAUUAUGCGUCAUUUUCUAUUUUUACCCGAUAACUUUGAGCAAUAUAUGAAACUCUAACAAACGAACACCACUUUUUCGUUGUACAGCUGGAUUUCGUAGCCGGUGCUAAGGAACGCUGAAAAUUCCUUAGAAUUAACAUUUUAACCGUGCACCAUUCGUAUGCUAAAUAUACCUGGAAAAAAUCAUUCUUCCGCGUGCAAUUUUAACACCGUCGAUCUUUGCUGUUUAAUUUUUUCCCCGAUCGCAAAAACCAUCGUUCCGCCCAUCAAGACGAACACCUGUUUCCUCUUUUUCGUUUCUCGGCAACGUUUAAAUCACGAAAUAAUUAAAGGAUGAAAAUGGACGAUCAAUCAUACGCUCUCUCGUUAUAUUUCCCCUUGCAACGUACGGUAUACCCUGGUUUCGUUCUCGCCCCAAUUGCCCGCAACUUUUACGUAACAGCGAUUCUUUAUGCAAUUACCAUUAACCCUGUUUCAUAGGCAGAAUUCAGUUGGAAUUCGAGGGUUGAUAGAGCUAUCAUCGCACGAAACAAAGAAGGUGUGCGUGGAACAACCCCAUUUAACGAGGCUGAAGCACUUUCAGGACGUCUUGUUCCAUUUAUAAACGGUACGAUACAAGUGUACGCUGUACACGUGCGAGAAGAUGAAGUGGACGACGAACGUAGACCCUCGGCAAUGGUCAGAGGAUCUCUCAGUCGUUUCACGAUCAUCGUGCAGAACGAUAUCCUCGCGCAAAGUAAAAAGAAAAAGAGAGAGAGAAAAAAGAAAGAAAGAAGAGGAGGGAAGUGUGCGAGCAAACCGAUCAUUUUUAUUUGCCUGCAGCCAGAACGACCGGUGAUUGAACGCGAUGCUUUCGACAGUGGCGAUCGAAAAAGUUAGGAAAUUUGUUCGAUCUUCUCCUCGUUUUAAAAAUUUGAACAAUUGGUAGAUAGAGGAAGAGAGAAAGAUCCAAAGAUUGGAAGAUAUUGGUGAACUUUGAAACGAUCUGUGCCUCUCCUUUUUUACUGAUUUCAUCCACCGGAUAAAUAAAUGUUCAAAGUAAUAUAAGAACAAAGUGAACGCGUACGAAACGUCGAGUGGAAAGUGGAAAAGUGAACUCGCGAUUACGCUCUGGCACGAAACGCUCUUGCUAGCUCCAUGCACUUUACGCUCUAUGCAUUAAUGAACGUGAUAAUAGAAGCGUGCGUUAUAUUUACGCUCCUUCGUUUACAUAAAAAUACGAUAAUAUGGAGUUGCUGGUGCCAGCUGUCUCGGACGUCGUGUUUAAGUACACGUGGCCCGUUCCAAAUUACAAAAAAAUUAUUUUAAAGAAAAAGCUUAUCGAUAGCCCGUCGUUCGACAUCAAUGUGAACGAUAUUCGCAGCACGUGGAAUUUGUCCAUCAGAUUCUGGAAGAAUCCCGAUGGCAAACGAAUGAUAAACCCGAUGGUAUUGUGCCUGAACAUGUUGAACUGCACCGUAGAUGAAGCGGAACAAGCGAAGAUACGAUUUCAAUUUGCAGUUUUCAAUGCUGACGUUAAACACUGGGAGUACUGUCACGUUAGCAGGACAAUACUUGAGCUGAAAUCAUACACGGACAUCAUUUCCUUGGGAUACAGGGACUUGUCCAUCGCCGACAGGCAUUUAAAGAAGAACGGCGAGGUGAUGUUAAUGGUUAAGAUACAGAUAAUUCAUUACGAAAGCGAGAAACACCACUUGUCGCAGGAUAUGGCCAGAUUAUUAAAGCAUUCGUAUGGCGCAGACACUAAGUUGAUUUGCGGGGGUUUGAAUAAAAUGGAAAUUCCAGUUCACAGCAACAUAUUGGCUGCUCGUAGCAACGUUCUCGCUGAAAUGAUUUCGCCCAUAAGAGAAUUGAAUAACAGGAAAAGCUCGAAGUCGGAUACCGCAGAAGAUAAGAUAUCGGACAUGAGAGAAUUAGAAGAAGAUAUAAUCGAUAAAGAAAACGAAAGUUCCAAUAAUCGUUACGUGUAUGCUCUGAAUUUGCUGGAUCUUAGCAAAGAAGUGACAGAAGAAUUGUUGCGAUACAUUUAUAGCGAUCACGUUGAUAAUUUGGAUAUUUUCGCUCAGGAACUUUUAUCUUUGGCUGAACGCUUCUGCCUACAAGGGUUAAAAGAACUCUGUGAAAGAAAUCUUAUCGAAACGAUAACCCCAGAAAAUGUAGCUAGCAGACUUUUGGUUGCAGACGAGUUUGGCUGUGAUGCACUUAAAAGAGCGAGUUUGGCAUAUUGCGAGAAAAAUAUAACGAUGCUCAACAAAAGUUUGGCAUGGAAAAUGAUGGAACAAACAAACCCAGAAUUAUUCAAUGAAGUUUGUGAAGCUGGUAUUAGCAGUUCAAGAUCAAGUAACAUAGAUGAUAGUGAAUUAAGCAAUUGAUGUCUUCCUUUCUUCGUGUAUAAGCAAUUUAGUAAUUAAUUGUGAAGUAUUAUAAAUGUUAGUCAGUGGUUUUAUAGUUUUCAAAAGGAUGAAUCAAGAUAUGAUAUAAAUUCUAUAGAAAGUUUGACUACUUAUAAAAUACUGUUGAAAAUGUAUAAUGCCAACGAAUAACUUUAAUAAAGAACGUUUUUAUAAAUUUUA